AUGGCUGCUCAGACGACUACUACCUCUAGCAUUGCAAUGGCGCUUGCUGGCAAGACAGCCUCUAUGGAUAUCCCCAAAUCUCGUUCUGCUUUCACUUCUGGUGGCCGCGAUUCCUCUCGUACAGGCCAUACCAUGUUACCAACUCCCCCUAACUCUAUCUCCCCGACUCUUCCUCCUCAGGCCUUCAAGGGCCAGGACGUGAGGCAUCCCGCAUCUCCUCCUUUUGCCACAUCUCAGGUUGAUUCCGAUAUCGAUUUGGGUGACGCCGAUGCAGACAGUCAGAAUCAGCACCAUCAGGGUGUUGGUGAUCUUGACAGCGCUGGGACAAUCACCCCCAGUAUGCUAGCCAAGUAUCACCUACCGGAGAUCAUGCUACAGCACGGACCCCUCGCCAUUCGCCAUGUCAUGGGCUACUUGACAACUUCAGUGCCAGGAUUUUCCCGAAUCCCUCCCGCUAAAGCACGACGACUAGUCGUUGCGGCAUUAGAAGGUCGGGGAAGUGAUGAGAAAAGUGGCGGUCCUGCAAGUGAUGUUAUCUUUGAGAAAGUUGGAUGGGGUCGUUGGGACGCACGACGUCGCGGCGAACCCUCACGCGAUGCGCAGCCUCAGAACUUGUCGCCACCCUCAAGCUUCUCGAAUUCUUUCUCUCAGCGAGGGAUACAGAUUCCUGGGAAGAGAGGGAGUCUGCAGCCUUACGGGUCCAGCGUGACUGGCGAUUCGGCUGUCUUCUCAUUUACGGAAAUGGAUUAUGCUGGGCACAUCUCGGAGCAUGAGGCGGAUAAGAUGUCACUCGAUGGGAAUGAACAGGAAUACUAUUCAUCUUCCGAGGCUCCAGAAGAUGAGAUUCAGGAUGAGGACUGGGGCGAAGAAGAUGUCACCGACGAAGAGGAUUGGGCACAGAUAGGGGCUGCAGCGCUUCGUGCGCGGUCCUUGAACGGCGGGGGCGGUUUCGUCAACGGACACCAUCCAUCGCCACAACUCCGGGGCGGUGGGCCUGCAUCAUCCUCUUUGGCGAAGUCUGCGCCGCGCAAACCUCCUAUUCAACAACUUGGUUUCUCCCUUCCAGAUGGUAUGGUAGGCAAUACCGAGGAGCGGGCCGCAGUGGAGGCGCUUUUGCGUCUCGGAUCCAUGUAA